GAUUUGUGAAGUGCUGGAGUGAAAAAUGCUUUGUUCUCGUUGAGUGAAAAGUUACUUGCUUCCGUUGAAUGAAAAGUUACGUGUUUUAUCGGCGAGUUGUGUUAGUGAGUGUUGCGUUUGCACAGUUCAAUUGAUACACGAUACGAUUUGGAUAAUGUAGGAGCGUGAACACCUUAUUUUUGUAAAUACUACUCGAGUUGCAUGUAGCUCUUUCAAGACGAUAUCUUUCCUAUUUUCUUAGAGCCACUAUGGUUAUCAAGAAUCUACAUGCUCAUGUGAUAUCACUCUGAAAUUCAACGUAUAGGAGGUUGUUAUAUCUACCUGCAACAUCUCGCAUACUUUCAUGUUUGCGAUCUAGUGAAAAAGCCGUGCACGAUUUUGUGGAAAUGCCGUGCACGAUCUAGUGGAAACGCAGUGGACGAUCUAGCGAAAAUGCCGUGCACGAUAUAGUGGAGACGCCGUGUAAGAUCUAGCGGAAAUGCCGUGCAAGAUCUAGUAGAAAUGCCGUGCUCGAUCUAGCAAAAAUGCCGUGCAAGAUCUAGCGGAAAUGCCGCGCACGUGAGAUCUCGCGCUGAAGAUCUCCGACGGACUGGACUUCAGAUCUGCGGAUCCAGCGCCAUGGAGGACCGGUCCGCCCGACCCCGUCCAGAGGCUGUCUGGGCAACCCCAAGGAAGAGGCUGCUUCGCUACACAAAGGUUAACCGCUCACUCAAGACUCAGGAUUGGGUGAACAACUCAGCUCACGUAGUUCGUUCAGCGUCAGAAAUAACAGACCCCGAGAAGCCAACUUUUCUCUUUAACACUGCGCCCGAGAUCAGUAAGAGCGAUGACAAUAACAUCGACAGAUUAGACUCAGAACUUCAGUAUAAAAGUUUACCUCCAAACUUUACAGCUGAGGCCGAGAUUGGCGCGGAAAGCAGCUUAGCUCCCCAGGAGACCCGACGUUCAUCUGAAGACGACAGCUCUCAGCAGCUGCAACAGAAGGAUGAGUCUUGCGAGGUGCUCAUCGAUGAGUCCGAAGACAACACAGAUGCAUCAUCCACGAACACUGUAGGGAAAUGUAGCGGAUAUUCAUGCUCGACCGCUGUUCAUAUAAGCUUUGAAUUGAGCGACGACAAAGGCGUCGCUAGGGAGUGCUCCCAGGACACUGUCGCUGAUGUCGGUCGCCGUAUCGGCAGUUUAGGAGAGAGCCGCAGCCUGGGACCGGCCUUCUUCUCGAGAAGCGCUGAGUCCUAUCCUCUCAAUCCAGAGUCCAAGUCCCAGUCUUACGGUGCCUAUAAUGCUUACGGUAAAGGAACGAGCCGAAGGUACAAAUUAAGCUUUAGAGAGGAUAGCAGUGAUGCCGGUCCUUGGGGAGACAGAAGACUUGCAAUUGAAGAAGAAAUUGGUGGUGAGCGCCAACGCUAUGGAGAAGACGCCGGUGCUGAAGGGAGAUGCUUCUCAGGUUUCAGACCCAAAGGCAUCCAGCUACGCCUCAUCCCGAGGGGCUCUACAGAACGGUACACUCCAAAGUUGCAGCCUGCACAGAGCUUCUUGCAGCCCUCGCAGACAUUUUUGCAGCCCACGCAGUCAUACCCUCGAAUUCCUUGCAGCCCUCACCAUACUAGUGGUCCAAGACCCCACUCACAGAGACGGGGUAGCAGCCCCCAAGCUCCUCCCCAGAUACUGUACGGCUCAGUGGUGUUGCGAGCCCCACACUCUGCACAGAGCUCACCCCCUGGGCCGCGGUCACCCAGGCUAGGGGUCAUGGCUGAUGGCUGGAGCGGCUCUAGCCUCAAGACUCGUCGGUCGUCUGGGGAAAUGGAGUGGCUUGCGGCACCGGGUUUUCCUGGUCUGCCACGUUCCCGUAAGAAUAGCUGGUCUUCCGUCAGCACCGACUGUGACUUCUCCCCGUGCUGGGAAGAUGGUUCGCAUUCCCACAUCCGGCAGACGAGAAGGUAA